AACCUUGACCAUGCUCACCGUAUGGUACAUGACAGCUCCAUUCUUCAACACCACAGGAUUCAUUCAUUCACUACUGGUUUGCUGUUGUUAGUUGUUUGGUAACUGUUGUUUCACACAUCAAACACUAGCAGAUCAGAGAGUGGAAAGAAAGAAAGCAAAAGACACCAAAUCGACCAAUUGGCUGUAUUGGCAUGUUACUAAUCCAUUUGAUUUCCCCUUCUCCUCUGCCUUCCUGCUAGAGUUUUCCUUUCCUAUGGAGAUAGAAUCUGCUGCAACCAGCAACAGCAACAGCAACAAGAACUAUGCCAGUAAUGGUGAUGGCGAGGAGUUGAGGUCCAUGGAUCAUCACCAUGGUCUGAAUUCCAGAGGAAUAUACCUUGUUUGGGAGGAUCUCACAGUUGUGCUGCCAAAUUUUGGGAACAAGCCAACCAAGAGAUUGCUUCAAGGGCUUAGUGGGUAUGCUGAGCCUGGCAGAAUCAUGGCUAUUAUGGGGCCUUCAGGUUCUGGGAAAUCCACCCUCCUUGAUUCUCUUGCAGGUAGACUGUCCAAAGAUGUGAUAAUGACAGGUACUGUUCUGUACAAUGGCAAGAAGAGGAGGCUGGAUACUGGUGUUGCAUACGUAACACAAGAAGACGUGCUUAUGGGAACACUAACAGCCAGAGAGACACUAACAUACUCAGCCAAGCUGAGGCUCCCGUCUUCCAUCCCCAAAGAGGAGCUAUCGGACAUCGUCGAGGGGACGAUCGUGGAGAUGGGGCUGCAGGAUUGUGCCGACACGAUCAUUGGAAACUGGCAUCUGAGAGGGAUAAGUGGUGGCGAGAAGAAGAGGCUGAGCAUUGCCCUGGAGAUACUCACCAAGCCGAGGCUGUUGUUCCUCGACGAGCCCACCAGCGGGCUGGACAGUGCCUCGGCGUUCUUCGUGAUCCAGACGCUGAGGAACAUAGCUCGAGAUGGCAGGACGAUCAUUUCGUCGAUUCACCAGCCCAGCAGCGAGGUGUUUGCUCUGUUUGAUGAUCUGUUCUUGUUGUCCAGUGGGGAAAUUGUCUACUUUGGUGAGGCCAAGAAGGCUGUCCAGUUCUUCGCGCAAGCUGGGUUUCCAUGCCCGAGCAAGAGGAACCCAUCUGAUCACUUCCUGCGCUGUGUGAAUUCUGACUUUGAUGCUGUCACGACAACCUUGAAAGGAUCGCAGAGAAUACGUGUAAGUUCAUUUACAAUGCAUUGCUGGCAGGAUGCUCCUGGGUCAUCAGAUCCUUUCAUGAACAUGGCGACGGCGGAGAUAAAAUCCAGGCUGGUUGAGAAGUACAAACGGUCCAACUACUCCAAAGAGACCAAGGCUAGGAUCAAGGAAAUCUCAGCCAUUGAAGGGCUGGAAGUGGUAACUAGGAAAGGAAGCCCAGCAAGCUGGUGGAAGCAACUCUCAACUCUGACUAGAAGAUCAUUCCUCAACAUGUCUAGAGACAUUGGAUAUUACUGGGCCAGGAUAGUCAUCUACAUCGUCGUCUCCAUCUGUGUUGGGACCAUCUACUACGACCUGGGACACAGCUACACUUCGAUCUUGGCCAGGGUGGCCUGCGGCGGAUUCAUCACAGGGUUCAUGACUUUCAUGUCCAUUGGUGGCUUCCCUUCCUUCAUCGAAGAAAUGAAGAUCUUUUACAGAGAGAGGCUGAAUGGGUAUUAUGGACCAGCAGUCUACAUCCUGUCAAACUACCUCUCGUCCUUCCCAUUCUUGUUUGCAAUUGCACUCAUUUCUGGCAACAUAUGCUUCCACUUGGUGAGAUUCAGGCCAGGGUUUUCCUACCUGGCCUUCUUCUGCCUCAACAUCUUCUCCUGCAUUUCGGUCAUCGAGAGCUUGAUGAUGGUGGUGGCUUCACUGGUGCCUAAUUUCCUCAUGGGACUCGUCACUGGAGCUGGAAUCAUUGGGAUCAUGAUGAUGACAUCUGGUUUCUUCCGGUUGCUGCCCGAUCUCCCCAAGAUAUUCUGGCGCUACCCGGUUUCUUACAUCAACUAUGGCGCUUGGGGACUUCAGGGCGCGUACAAGAACGACUUCAUAGGGGAGGAAUUCGAGCCACUGGUGCCUGGUGACCCCAAGCUCAAGGGAGAGUUCAUCAUCACCAACAUAUUCGGGGUCUCGUUGAACCGUUCCAAGUGGUUCGACCUCUCGAUCAUCUUCGUCAUCUUGAUCUUCUACAGGAUCCUGUUCUACGUGGUUCUGAAGCUGAAGGAGCAGGCCCUGCCUUUGGUGAAGGACGCUUACUCGAAGAGGACCCUGCAACGGCUGCAGAAGAGGCCUUCUUUCAGGAAGAUGCCAUCCCUUGGUUCCAGGAGGCAGCACUCCUUGUCCUCGCAAGAGGGCCUCAACUCUCCACUCCACUAGAAGAAGAAAAAAAAGCCACGUAUGAUAUAUAAGCAGAUUUGAAGAGAUAUAUAAAAUGAUUUAUAAAUAUUAAAUACACAGAUAACGUUUUGACUGUUGAGUUGGUCAUUUGGUGUUGUAAGGGGGGCGGUAACUAUUUUUGUUACUGGUAGUGAAUCUUCAUACAGUGAAAAACAGGUCAUAAGGUGAAAAUUUUAGUCCUGGGUUGUUACUGAGAGAUUAUGUAAUAUUCUUUGGUAGUGAGGUGACUUUGCAACACCAAGCAAUGGCUGGAUCAAGGAGUGAAAGAAAUUUGUAAAAAUUACACUGUUCAUCUUCUUUAUUCUAAUAACUAGUCGUCUUGCGAAAAUUGACUUUUUGGUUACCUCUUUUUCACCCAAUGAUGACUUUUAUGAUAUUGUUUUUAACGUUUCAGGUUCUAGAUAUUGAACGGACUAUCAUGUCAUCG